GUCUGUGUCUUCGAACCGUUUGUUUCUUUUACUAGCCUGUGACUUCGACCAAAAUGUCAAAAAAGCUAUACACGACGUAUGAUUAUAAAAUUAUGUUGAGUAAUAUAUUGUUGAGCUAACGAAAAUUCCAUAAGAAAUAUGACUGAGGAUCAAGAUGGUAAAGACUCACAGUCAGAUUCGGGUUCCAAGACAUUCAUCAACAAGAGCAAGGACAAGAAAUCUAAGAUACAUCGUCCGUUGACAAAAAUAAUUCUUCGACGUUUACCGCCCACGAUGACUGAGGAAACGUUUUUGGAGCAAGUAUCGCCUAUUCCAGAGCAUGACUAUUUUUAUUUUGCCAAACCGGACCCGACUUUGGGCAAUAACCUAUUUUCUAGAGCGUAUAUCAAUUUCGUUAACGUGGAAGAUAUUUUUCUGUUCCGAGAUAAAUUUGACGGUUAUGUUUUCUUAGAUGAAAAAGGUGGAGAAUAUGUAGGCAUAGUUGAAUAUGCACCCUUCCAAAGAAUUUCAAAGAAAAAAAAGAAGAAAGAUCCUAAAUGUGGAACACUUGAGAGUGACCCAAUUUAUCAAGAGUUUAUCGAGAGUCUGAACAAAGAUCCUGAGGUUGAGAGCCAACCUAAACUAGAAUAUUCUUACCCAAUAAAUGAUGUUAGUGAAAAAAAAACACAAUCAACACCUUUGCUGGAAUAUCUAGCCGCACGUAAACUAGACAAGAGAGGUAGAGAUGAACGUCGUAGGCGCGAUAAUGACAAGAGAAAAAUGAGAAUUGAACGAAAAACAAAGGAAGGUCCUAUCAAGAAACAUGGCGAAGAAGAUGCGACAUACAAAAGUGACUGCAAUAACUUUGAAAAAAAAAGAAACAUACAGUGGUGUGGACAACACAAAAAUUAUCCCAAAACUAAAUCAGAAUUUGAAGUUGAAUCGAAAAGUUCCCACAGCUCAGACGAAUUUAUUAAUAUCAAUUCAGAUUGGGAUGUUCAUUUCCCAGCACUGUGCUCUAAAACUCACAAUACGUUCACUUUAGUGUCCAAUUCCUUAAACGAGAAUUACUUAGAAGAUGGUGCAUGUAAAAGUAGCGGUGAUCCGUUUUUAAAGGAAGAAGAUAAUGAGGAUACAGAAGUAAGAAAAAUUAAAACCAGAGAAUCUGAGAAAGAGAAGAAAGAUUCUAAAGAAGAUCAAACAAAACUGGACGACGGGAUGGUAUUCGAAUCUAAAUCAUACAAAGAACGUAAACCUAAUUUAAAAAUUGAUAAAAAGAAGAAAUCUGAAAACGAUAGAAUUGAAAAAGAGGACGAAGUAGGAGAUGAUCUUGAUGGGCAGAAAAAGGAUAAACGCGAAAAAAAUAAGAUACAAGAAUCUCCACGUGAGCAAAAGAGUAAAAAAUACAGCGACACUAGGAAAGAGAGAAUCAAACAAAAUGUUUUAAUUACAAAAUCUGAAAAAGAGUAUGCUCUUUCGAAGCUCAUAUCUCUAUGUCCCAAAAGUACUGCACUCAGUAAUGAUAUUAAACCAUUCACUCAACUGCCUCAAGUGAAAACUGAUGACUUAUCCAAGAUUAUUGAUGGAAUGGAUAAAAAAACAAAGCUUGAAGCAAAAGAAGAAACGACACGAAACUCAAAAGAUUCAGACAAAGUUGAGACUAAGAGUAAUGUACGCAGAAAUAGCCUUGACUCAAAUAAAGCCACAAGCAAUGAUGAAUCUGAUUCAAAGAAAACAACCUUCGAAGAAAGACCAAAAUCUUCGGAACGUGAAGGAUCGGAAGAGAAAGAAAAAUGUGACGGCGAACGUCGCGCUGAACGCAGAAUAAGAAAUAAGGAUCGGCCCAGUCUCGUGAUUUACCAGCCCGGCAUGGGGAAGUUUAGUAAACAGCGUCUCGCGAAAGAAAAGGAAACGCUCCCGACGAAAGUGAGCGACAGUGAAAAGAAAGACACUUGAAGAUACGGUACUUUUCCCAGUUAUUGGACGACUUUAAACGGAUAUGACCUGAAACUGGCACUUGAUGCAUGUCCACGCGGAGUCACUAAGGGAGGACAUGAAUAUGCCAAACGAAGGAACAGCUGCUGUCGUGUUCAUUGAAGCCUGCCCUAAUUGAUUUGUUUAGUUUAUAUGCAUUAUAAAUGAGUCGGAAAUCUUCAACAUAAAAAUUGAAAUAUACCAUUCCUUGUUUUUGCCCUCUUGUUUAUAGAUUAUGACCGAUUUAGUUCAGUUUGUUUAUUUCAAUAAAAUAUAAUAUUUUAAUUGGGA